AUGCAAUUAUGUGCCCAUUUACCAGAGGAAAUUUUGACGAGGUUGGUAGUAGUAGUUUCUCAUAUCAGUUGUUUUGGUCCUAAACUCCCGCAUGAGCUGGGGUUUAACAAAAGGUAUUCGAAAUCUGCUUCCACAGCACUGCAGUCAGUUCUCCCUGGCUUGAUUUUGAUGCUGCAUCCAAAUGACAGUGAGUCUGGAGGAAGUCGACUAAGGCGAAUAACAGAAAAGUCAUUCACUUUGGUUUUCACGAGAGACCCAACUGAAUAUCUCGGUUAUGACGUUCUACAACUGAAUGUGCCGCACACAGGCCGCCUCAUGUUUCAGUUGGCACGAUAUUCGAAAUAUCGCAGCGCAGCAGCACUCAGCAGUAAUUUAUGCCGAUUUUCCCGGAAAAGUACCACUGAAUUUCUCCAGCUAAACUUGGAUGGCAGUUUACAAGUGAAAUCUCGCUCACACAAGCCUCAUCCUAAUACUUCACUGGUUUUCUGCUCAUCUUCGGACACCAAGUACUCGUUUAUUUUAUUUAUUGUCUUCAUGCCUACCACCACAUGUAAACCUUUGAGUUCUUCGGACAUUUCUGCACCUUCAAACCUUAUCAAAAUUGUCGUUUUCCACAACACCAGAACACUUUUGAACUACACUCAUUUUCAAAUAAAUUUGGUUUUCACGAGAGACUCAACUGAAUCUCUCAUUUAUGAUGUUCUACAACUGAAUGUGCUGCACACAGGCCGCCUCAUGUUUCAGGUAACUCUUCGACAACCCAAGACCAGUUUCGCCUUUCUUGGGGUUCAUCAGGUGGGCGCAGUCCCCGAGUUUCCUUAUGUUCUACUUGAACCCAAAUUUCACUGUUUUCGAGAAAUAUACUCAUUUGCAAAGCCUCAGAAGGACAAAACCGGUCGUGAGCUGUCGAGCACUUUUCAGCAACCU